ACACUCGACGAAAAUACUCAAACGCUGGAUGUUCAAAAUUGGAAAUAAUGGGCAAACCAAGUAAAGAAAAAAUAGUGGCAUUAAUAGCAAUGAUGCAAAGAAGUAUAGAAGGCAUAUUGAAAAAUAACUCAAGGAUAAACAAUGAAAAAAAAUUGAAUAACACAAAUGGUCUGAACGAACCUUUAUAA